AUGGAGUCGGCUAGAGGCGUGAAGGACGACGAACAGUAUGCUUUGAAAUCUCUAAUUACUAAAAAGUCGGAACUUCUGAAAAAAAUUCAAGAGAAGCAAAAGGCAGUGACUGACAAUCGCGAGGAGUUUAUUAGAAAGAAGGCUGAACGUGCAAGAAGUCCACUUCCUCUCGAUAAUCACAGUGGUGAGGGACGACAUAAUGUUUAUGAGAAGCAGAAACUUGACAAAACUUUUGAGGUGCCGCCAAGGGCAGAAAGUGUUAUUCAAAAGACUUUGCAGAAGAAUAACGUGGAGCAAGGAUUAGUUCAGCAAUCUGAAAAAGAUCUUAGUCUAAACCCUAACGGCAACGGAGUUCUUAAACCUGUGAUUUCUCCAAAUCUGCCUUCCGUAAAAAUUGCGUCAGGAUUUAAAACAAGCAAUAAUAAAAGCGUCCAGAUGAAAAGUAAACUGGAAAGAGAUCCUAGCGGUGGCCGUAAAAGUGUAAAAUCAAAUUUAGAUCGUUCCGAUAAAAAUAUUGAAAACUGGGUAACUUCACAUGGUGAUGGAAUUAUAUGCCACCAAGAUAAUAUGAAGGAUUUAUUCAGUAAAAGUGCUACUGCUAACUGCGGGCAACUGCUGCAGAAGAAAGGAUUGAGAAUUUUCAAUGGGUCAGGCGCGGUGGAGCCGACAAAGAAGUUUGAGUUACGUAGGUCAUCAUCGUUAAGUUCCAGUACAGAACGAAUGGGCAGCGCUGGAAACAGUUCUGAAGAUAAUUAUGACAUUGGCAGCCUCUCUUUUGGUGAUGAAACCGAUGAAGAAGAUAAUCCUAAAAAGAAAAUUCCAAAAUGGGCUUUACCUCUCAAUCUGCUUAAAGCGCUGAAGCAGCAGUCAUCGUAUCCGCAGAAGGAUCUGGAUUCGUUCUUUGGCAAGAUAGAAACACCAAAUUUGACAGAAAUUUUUGCUGCUAAUCGUACCCGGUACCAAAAAAGAACGUCAUCUGCCUUGUGGCCUUCACCGCUUUCAAAUCCACGCGAAGGAUUAAGUUUAUAUUUCACUCUCCAGAAGCGAGGUUGA